AUGGCUCUUGGCGGUAUCGUGUCUGGAGCCCCGGCCAGUAUCUUAGGUAGCAAAGGCGACACCACCGCGGGCCUCAUCAACGCGACCCCCUACCGCUGGCGGCGCGGGUACAUCAACGGGUACCAGGUCCAUGACUGGACGGUUUGGCCGGAGUACAUCAACCCUGGAGAGUCGGCCUCCGUCCGCGUCCGUUCUCACGGCGGGUCGAUUGGUGCCGACUCGGCAGCCGAGGUCCGCUACCACCUCGAGGACACGUCUGAACCCAUGGCACUGCAGGUCGAGUACCGCAAGGGGGACAGCCACCACGUCUGGGUGCGGUUCAUGGAAUCGCUCCGCACGCUCAACAACGCCCCCAAGACGGAGCACGACCUCGGGUUCCUCAACUCUCCCGGCGGGGCCACCUUGCCCGAAACCGGUCAUCUUCCGCUCCGCGAACUGGCCAUGCCGCGCUCUCACCACGCCGGCAUGUGGAAGGCCGUAGCUCCCAUCGGAGCCGGCGUGCCCUCCAACACCCUGACCCAAAACGAUGGGCUCUGGGACCAGAUCCGCAACGGCGGCAUCCGCGUGCUUGAUGUUCGCGCCACGAGGUGGCACGAUCACUUCCGCGAGAGCCACGCCUCCAAGGUAGGCAUCCUCGGCUGGCAGGGCAUGUUCGGCGCCGGGGUGGAGGAGAUGAUCGACACCGUCAACGAGUUCAACCGCGAGGUGCCCGGUGAGCUCUUCAUCUGGGAUAUCCACAUGGUGGCGCGCAGCGCGGACCGGCACUGGCAGCCUCUCAACGACUGGGAGACGAACGAGCUGUACCAACUGCUCAAGAAACUCGAGCACCGCGUCGUAAUCCCGGAUAACGAGGACAUCACGUGGUGGCCCCUGGAGCGCCUCAUCGGGAGGGGAAAGCCGGCUGUCAUUGUCCGCAUCAGCAGUUCCUGGCUCCUCGACCAUCCCAAGGUCAAGUUCCCCGGCGGACGCGAGGGCUUCGCAACGGACCGCAACUUCCCGCUGCACGACCACUGGUCCGCCAAAAACAACGUGGGGUCAAUGGUGGACGACGAGAUCGGGGCCAUGGCGAGCAAUCGUUCCCGCCGCGACAUGGCCGUCUUCGAUAUGCAAUGGAUCAUCACCCAGGACGCCGGCCAGAUCUUCAUGCCCGUGAAGUCGAUCAUGGUGUUGAAUGAGCCAGCCUGGAGGACCCUCUACAGGGAGUUUUGGGAUGCACUCACGGACGAGUCGUACCCCAACUGGCUCACCAUGGACGGGAUGCAUGGCAACCAGAUAAAAGCCAUGUGCAUGGCCAUCAAUAAGUGCCUGGCGGCGCGGAGGUGCGGCACCCUAGGGGGGAAGAGAAAAGUCUACUCCCAACUGCGGCAGAUCGACACCUCGCUCGACCGCUGGUGGUGCUGCAAGGUCGUCGCGUCGUUGCUGCACAUCAACGUGGACAACAGGGAGAAGGAAUGGCUCGAGCAGCUCGAGCAGGUGGCUAGCGAGGUCGACGGGGUGCUAAGCGAUGUGGCAGAUGCCAUUGAGAGGUACUGCGGGUCGUACGCCCGGCUCUGGAUAUUGGAAAGGGGCCGAGUACGGCGCCGUGCUCCCGGAGCUUGA